CACAUCGAAUUCAUCGAAACGAAGGAAUAUCUUCUCCCUCUACUUCUCUCUCUUCUUUGAUCUCGUCUUCCUCUUGACUGAGCUGAACUCCUCUCCCUCUCUCUCCAUCUCUCUCUCUCUCUCUCUCUCUCUCUCUCUCUCUCUUCCUCGGCCGCACCCGCGCUACAAUGGCUGCAGUUCCGUGCCCGUCGAGGCCAGUGAGCAAACCUGCGGACGGCUUCUCAUUUGGGACGUCUCUGAAGACACCAUGCCCGUUUAUUGGGAGAAUAGGCUGCAAGAAUCUGUCGUUCACUUCGGAUUAUGCCGGCAAAGAGAAAGUCUGCGCUUCUAGGAAACUCACUGUUCAAGCUAGAGAUGGUGGAAGGUCUAGCGGCACGGGCAUUUUCAUUGGUGGCUUUGUUCUAGGAGGAAUUGUAAUGGGCACACUUGGUUGUGUGUAUGCACCUCAGAUCAGCAAGGCAUUAGCUGGAACUGACAGAAAGGAAUUAAUGAAGAAACUACCGAAAUUCAUUUACGAUGAAGACAAGGCUUUAGAGAAAACAAGGAAAGUUCUGGCAGAGAAGAUUGCGCAGCUGAACUCUGCUAUCGAUGGCGUCUCAGCUCAACUCCAGCCAGAAGAUACGCCAAACGGUGCAGCUGUUGCUUCUGAUGAGGUGGAAGCUUCUACAUGACUGGCGUUCCUCAUUUCAUAACGAAAACAGUCUUUCAAAUUUCAAAGGCAAUGAGUUCGAAUUUUUUCUUUGCUCGAAUCUAUUAGGUUUCUAGCGGUACUUGUUCUUCCUCCUCCCAGCCAACUACUCUUUAUUCUUAUCGCAGACAUUGUCCCCGUUUUCUAAGAUUGCAACAAUUAAAAUACAAGUUAACUUUGAUUAUUUAA